CUACGGUCAUAAUCCGAUUUGUGUUUGCAUUGCUUUUCCAUUCUUAUCAAUUUCUAGUGCACUUUGUACCGACGAUACAAAGAUAAUCGUUUGGGUCCAAGAGGAAAUACUUGUUGCAAAGGUGCCUCACUCACAACACAAUCGGCUGUUGCUUGAACCAGAUUGAAUAGCAGAGUACAAGUUUAUUUACAAUACAAGAACAAUAAUAAUAACAUGUCUUCGGCAUCGAAAUUGCGCUUUGAUGGACGCGUCGCGGUUGUGACCGGCGCUGGAGCCGGACUUGGCCGGGAAUAUGCCUUGCUGUUGGCCUCGCGAGGUGCCAAGGUUGUGGUCAAUGAUCUGGGUGGCAGCCAUGUGGGCGAAGGUGCCUCUCAACGUGCCGCCGAUGUUGUGGUCGAUGAGAUUCGCAAGAAUGGUGGCGAAGCUGUUGCCGACUACAAUUCGGUAAUUGACGGUGCAAAGGUCAUCGAUACGGCCAUCAAGGCAUACGGCCGUGUGGACAUACUUAUUAACAAUGCUGGCAUCUUGAGGGAUCGCAGCAUUAUCAAGACAACUGAACAGGAUUGGAAUCUAGUGCACGAUGUGCAUCUUAAGGGCAGUUUCAAAUGCACCCAGGCCGCAUUUCCCCACAUGAAGAAGCAGAAUUUCGGACGCAUCAUCAUGACCUCAUCCAAUUCGGGCAUUUAUGGCAAUUUCGGGCAGGCCAACUACUCGGCGGCCAAAAUGGGACAAGUGGGAUUGGCCAAUACGGUCGCCAUUGAGGGUCAGAAAAAUAACGUUUACUGCAAUGUCAUCAUUCCAACAGCCGCCAGUCGCAUGACUGAGGGCAUCUUGCCCGACAUACUCUUCAACGAGCUGAAGCCCAGUCUGAUUGCCCCCGUUGUUGUCUACUUGUGCCACGAGUCCUGCACGGACAAUGGCAGCUACAUUGAAAGCGCCGCCGGCUGGGCAACCAAGGUGCACACGGUGCGUGGCAAGGGAUCCGUGUUGCGUCCAUCUCUGGAGGACUCUGUCACACUGGAGUAUGUGCAGAAUGCCUGGAAUCAGGUGACGGAUAUGUCACAGGCCAAGCAUUGGAAUUCCAAUGCUGAGGCAUCUGCUUCAUUGAUGGAGGUGCUAGAGAAACUCAAGUCUGGCGAUAAGGAUGCCGUCGAGGAUACCUUCUCAUUUGGCAACAGGGAGCUGAUACUUUAUGCCUUGGGCAUUGGUGCCUCCACCAAGAACAGCAAUGAUAUGCGCUUUUUGUAUGAGAACGAUGCCGACUUUUCACCGAUUCCAUCGUUCUUUGUGAUGCCCGGACUUAUGCUGACCAUGUCCAGCUCAUUGGUCAGCAGCGCAUUGCCCAACAGUCAAUCGGAUUUGUCCAACAUUUUGCACGGCGAGCAGUAUUUGGAAAUCUUGGAUGAUCUGCCAACCGGUGGACAGCUGGUAACCAAAGGCAAGGUAUUCGAUGUCAUGGACAAGGGAUCCGGUGCCGUGGUGGUCACCGAUUGUAUCUCAUAUGAUGAGAGUGGUCGCCAGCUGGUGAAGAAUCAAAGCGCUGUCUUUGUUGUUGGCGCUGGUAAAUUUGGUGGCAAAAAGGAGCCGAUUGCCGGCGUUGUGCCACUUAUUGCUGCCCCAAGUCGUGCCCCCGAUUCAUCGAUUCAGUACAAGACAGACGACGAUCAGGCAGCUCUCUAUCGUCUAUCUGGUGAUCUGAAUCCAUUGCAUAUUGAUCCCAACUUUGCUCGCCUCUCCGGCUUCAAGACACCCAUCUUGCAUGGACUCUGCUCCCUGGGAUUCUCGGUCAGAGCCGUGUUGAGCCAAUAUGCCAACAACGACAGUACGCUCUUCAAGGCUGUUAAAGUGCGUUUCUCUGGACCCGUUCUGCCGGGACAAACCCUCAAGAUUGAUAUGUGGCAGCAAGGCAAACGCAUUCUAUUCCGCACCAUUGUCGUUGAGACCGGCAAGGAGGUCAUCUCCGGUGCCUAUGUUGACUUGAAGGAGGUGUCGAAGGCCAAAUUGUAAUUGCCAAACUGUGCCCCUUACAAAUUUAUAUAAUUCCAUUCAACGAAUGUAAAACAAACGCACUUAAACCCUUAAUAUCCACAUUACAACUUAACCAGCGGGUGGUGGAUAUAUUGCAAUAUCAUAAUAUAUAUAUUAUACAUAAAAAUGUUGAGAUUUUGUUUCGUCAUUUGUGUCUUUUUGAAUAAAUGAUUAUUUUUCUUA